AUGUAUGUUCUUGUAUAUGUUGAUGAUGUUAUUGUGACAGGUAAUCAAGGACACAAACUACAGGAAUUUAUUAAAGCUCUCAACACUAAGUUUGCACUUAAAGAUUUAGGUGAACUUAGUUACUUUCUUGGCCUUGAGGUUGUUCACAUGCAUCAAGGUUUGUUUAUACAUCAAGCGAAAUACGCUACCAAAGUGCUUGAAGGAGCUCGUAUGAUGGAUGCAAAACCGGCGGCUACACCUCUCUCAUCCACGGUCUCGUUUACCUCAAUGGGUGACCCGUACCACGAUCCGACUUUUUAUCGAUCCAUAGUUGGUGCAAUACAAUACUUAACUAUCACUCAUCCUGAUCUUCCGUAUGCCGUAAAUCAAGUGAGUCAAUUUUUACAUGCUCCAACAACACAACAUUUCCAAGAAGUCAAACGCAUUCUUAGAUAUGUUAAAGGCACGCUAUCGUAUAGGCUCAAUUUUACUAAACCAACCAAUAUGAACAUACUUGGGUUCUCUGAUGCGAAUUGGUCCAAGUGUCUAGAAACAAGGAGGUUCACCUAUGGUUAUUCUAUCUUCUUUGGAGGCAAUCUUAUUUCUUGGAGUUCAAAGAAACAACCAACUGUGUCCCGCUACAGUUGUGAAUCUGAGUAUCGGGCCAUGGCUAAUACGGUGGCAGAAAUUAUUGGUAUAACUCAUCUUCUAAGUGAACUUGGGGUCCUACCUACAAAGUGCCCAACGCUUCUAUGUGAUAACCAGAGUGCAUUUUUUAUAACUCAGAAUCUCGUUGCUCACAAGCGGGUUAAACACUUGGAACUUCACUAUCACUUCAUUAGAGAGCUUGUUGCUUUGGGUAAGUUACUCACCAAGUUCAUUCCAUCCAAGCUUCAGGUGGCAGACAUUUUUAUGAAGAGCUUGCCUAAACCGCAAUUCGAAAGCUUACGCUCAAUGCUCCGGCUUAGUCUACCACCGUCUCGCUUGAGGGGGGAUAACUAUAACAACCCUCGGUAA